UGAAGACCCCAACGCUUAAGAAAUCCAGAGGCUGAGCUGGAGAUCUGAAUGAUAGACGCCAUGUCAACUUGCCAGCUCGUUCCAGACGUCCGUAAUGUUAACAGCGGAAGCCGGUUCCUUGCUGAUCGGACAUGAGUGACCGUCUGAGUCGGUCAUCUCUACCUACGAACGCAGACCGGACAAGAAAUCCAUGCGCCAGGACGGUAGUUGGGGUUUAUGAAACAUGGAAGUAAAUUUCUUCAGCAAAAACACGAAGCACGUCCAUCGACUACGCAGGGUUCUGCAUAUGCAACGAGCCCUAAACCCUCACCGCCAGCCCCUCUGCUCUUUGCUCCUCUGGCGCUCUCUCUUUGCCGAUCGACAUCCAAAAUGCAGCUUCUUCAAUCCGUAGCUUGUUACGCGGGGUGUCUGUAUCAACUCAGCUGCAGAUCAUUCCUGAAUCCCGAUGUGUAGGGCACAAUUCGGACGGAUUUGUAGUUCGAGCCGGAUCGCCGGCAAGGUUGCAUCACUGCGUAUUUCUGGUACGUCACGACGAGGUAGAUCGGUGUAGCUCUGCGGAGCUCAUGUAGUAAUGAAGGGUUUUGGAACCAGCGCAGCAGUUUAUGGACUCCUGAGAAAGCAACUACGAGCUUUCAGCAUUAUCGAGGAACAGAGUACCUCUACCUCGCGCUGGUUCCGUAGGGCAGAGUGUCUGAAUUCUUGCUCGUCAUGCACUGCGAGCGAGAAAGGGAUUUCGUCUAUAUCAACAGGAGGAUGGGUGCCAAAUUCUGCUUCUCAAAGUCAAAUUAGUGAAGGCGAGACGGUGAUCGAUCGGCCGGAACAUAAAUCGGAGGAUAGCAGUGUGUUAGAACAUGAAUAUUCCUUCAGAAGCACGAGUGAUCGUAGUCUCUCGUGCAACUUGGUGCAUCGUAGAAAUUAUUCAGUGCUGCCAGUGGCGGACGUCGGCAGAUGGAUGCGGAUAUCGGGGGCUUAUGCAGGUCCUCUUUUGACACCGCCUGUUAGAGACCCAUUCCGCGAUGGCAGUGUGCGAUACAAGAGUAAGAAGAAGAUUAAGAAGGCCAAAGCGAAGAAGAAAGAAGUUCUAUCGAAAAUCAAGAGAAUACGAGUUGCAUCUAAGAAACGGAAAGAAGAUAUGACGCCAGAAGAGAGACUGGAAUUUAGGCUUGAAAAGGGGAAGAGAAAGAUUGAACUGAUUGACAUUCAGAUUGCAAAGUUUCCAGUCCAAGAGCUUCCGCCUGUGGAUCCGGACAUUGAGGUCUUGACUCCGGAGCAGCUUCAUUAUCUGAAGAAGAUCGGGUACAAGAACAAAAACUACGUACCUGUAGGGCGCAGGGGAGUUUAUGGUGGAACCAUUCAGAACAUCCAUCUCCAUUGGAAAAAGCACGAGACCGUGCAAGUGGAGAUUGCAGGGUUCACCAAAGAAGAGAUCAAGGACAUGGCCGAACAAUUAGCCAGACUCAGCGGUGGACUGGUGAUUGACAUACACCAAAGUAAUAUUGUUAUUCUUUACCGGGGGAGAAACUACAAGCAGCCCAAGGAGUUGAUUCCCAUUAAGACUCUGGACAAAAGAAAGGCUUUGAUGAAGUCCAAGUUAGAACAAAGUAAAAAGGCUCUGAUCCUAAACAACGAGAAGCUGGUUAAGGAGCUGAAGCAGUUAAGGAAGGAUAAUGCCGACUGGCUAGCAAGGGGAGGGAAACCUGUAGAAGCACCCCAAGCUACCGAAGGUGGUGAGGCUUCAGCUACUCGUAGAAAGGGACCGACCGUCGACGAAGAGCUGCAAGAUCCUGAUUCAUACGCGAGCCUUUCAGAUGACGACGAUGACCUCCUUUCAGAUGUGGAAGGGCUGUCGGAUUUGUCAGAUCUCACAUCCGAGAGCGACAGCGAAAGGGACGAAUCAUCAUCGGGUGGGGAGGAAGAGGAAGACGAGGAGGAGGAGGAGGAGGACCCCGAAGACUUGGGCAUGCCACCCGAAAAGACUGCUGUGAAAUUUCGAUAGAUUUUUGCAGUAAUACCGACUCUGAACGUACUCCUCAGCAUUAGCUGUUGCUCAAAUUUGUAUACUGGAUGCAGGGUCAAAAUUGUGGGACCGUCGAAUGAGAUUAUGGUCUCCCCUUUGAGAACAAGCUUGAGUAGGAUAGCAACGGGCGACAUGAUUCUCUUUAGCCCCUCCGGUCAGUAUCCUUCAUUUCAGGCUGGCAGAAAAGGAUUAGAUUCAUCAGAUGACGAGCCUCAAGUGAGAAACAGUUUACGAUGGUUUUGUUCGUUGCAAGUGCAUCAAAAGACCGAUUGAUCAGAUGAAAGCUGGCCCACCAAAUCUACGUUGAUAUUGUGCCACUCAAAUAUUGCAAAACUUGGCGCCAUUGUGUCAAGUACCAUAAGUUUCAC